UUUUAUCGUACUUUGUAUCCAUAGGAUGGCUUUAGUUUUCUUUUGGACUGUGAAUGUAUCUACCUAUGAGUUUCCGCUGACUAUUGGUACAGAAAUAAAACCCUCUCUUUCUGUCUAUUUCCCAGCAGAUAUAUGGACUGAUCACUCAUUUCAGACUGAUCCAGAUUUGCCGCCUGGCUGGAAAAGAAUCAGUGACAUCGCUGGCACCUAUUACUGGCACAUACCAACAGGAACGACACAGUGGGAGCGCCCGGUCUCCAUCCCAGCAGACCUUCAGGGUCCUAGGAAAGGGUCACUUAGUUCUGUAACGCCAUCUCCUACCCCAGAGAAUGAGAAACAGCCAUGGAGUGAUUUUGCUGUUCUGAAUGGGGGAAAGAUUAAUAGUGACAUUUGGAAGGAUUUGCAUGCAGCAACUGUUAACCCAGACCCCAGUUUGAAAGAGUUUGAAGGAGCAACACUACGCUACGCAUCUUUGAAACUCAGAAAUGUGCCUCAUGCCGACGAUGACGAUUCUUGUAGUAUCAACAGUGACCCAGAAGCCAAGUGUUUUGCUGUGCGCUCCCUGGGAUGGGUCGAAAUGGCAGAGGAGGACCUCGCCCCUGGCAAAAGCAGCGUUGCUGUCAACAACUGCAUCAGGCAGCUUUCUUACUGCAAAAACGACAUCCGAGAUACAGUCGGCAUUUGGGGAGAGGGGAAGGACAUGUACCUGAUCCUGGAGAACGACAUGCUCAGCCUGGUGGACCCCAUGGACCGCACCGUGCUCCACUCGCAGCCCAUCGUGAGCAUCCGCGUGUGGGGUGUGGGCCGCGACAACGGCCGGGAUUUUGCUUAUGUAGCAAGAGACAAAGAUACAAGAAUUUUGAAAUGUCAUGUAUUUCGAUGUGACACACCAGCAAAAGCCAUCGCCACAAGUCUCCACGAAAUCUGUUCCAAGAUUAUGGCCGAACGGAAGAAUGCCAAAGCCUUGGCCUGCAAUUCCUUACAGGAAAGAACCAAUGUGAAUCUUGACGUUCCUUUGCAAGUAGAUUUCCCAACACCAAAGAUGGAGCUGGUCCAGAAGUUCCACGUGCAGUACUUGGGCAUGCUACCUGUAGAUAAACCAGUUGGAAUGGAUACCCUGAACGGUGCCAUAGAAAGUCUUAUGACCUCAUCCAACAAGGAGGAUUGGCCGUCGGUGAACAUGAAUGUGGCCGAUGCUACUGUGACUGUCAUCAGUGAAAAAAAUGAAGAGGAAAUCCUAGUGGAGUGUCGUGUGCGAUUCCUGUCCUUCAUGGGCGUCGGGAAGGAUGUCCACACAUUUGCCUUCAUCAUGGACACUGGGAACCAGCGCUUUGAGUGCCACGUGUUCUGGUGUGAACCGAAUGCGGGUAGCGUGUCCGAGGCAGUCCAGGCUGCCUGCAUGUUACGAUACCAGAAGUGCUUGGUAGCCAGGCCGCCUUCACAGAAAGUUCGACCACCUCCUCCGCCAGCAGACUCAAUGACCAGAAGAGUCACAACCAAUGUAAAACGAGGGGUCUUAUCCCUCAUUGACACUUUGAAACAGAAACGCCCUGUCACAGAAAUGCCAUAGCUGCAUAUGUUAAAGGAUUCUGUAAUAUUUACCUGAAGAUUGAAUAGCUACACUAAAGAAAACAAACUGACGUCUGGCCUUCCAUUCAGUUGCUGAUGCUUUGUCUUCAGAGAAUUUAUCCUUAACGAAACAGUGUUAGACAAGCAUGUUCUCUCGUCUUGCCACCAUCAUGUGAUAUGAAAAGAAGCAUGAAUAAUUUUUUUUGCUAUCAGUAAGUUACAUCACGAGCAGUGGAAGGUCUUUUUCUUAUUGUAAAUAUUGUGAACAUCACUUAACAUCACACACACACACACCCAAGGACGUGGCCACUGCCCUCCUAGUGAACUAAUGCUGAGUCCUUGGAGUGAAUGAUGCCGGAGUUAGUUUCACUGUCUUUUUGAGCUGCACCUGGCACAAGCAACUUUGACAUCCUACAGCACUCUGCCCUGUUUUCAACUUUGGAGUAGCCACUGCAUACGAGAUACCAGUGAAUUGCUUUAAAAUUAGGAUGAUGAGGUUUUGUUUUAGUUUUUCAUAAAAUUGAACCUGUUGGUGGACAAAAUUGGCUGUUGGCAUCCAUGUAGAAACCAACUGGCAGCUUUCCUCAACAAGCUCUUUGACACAUGAACACCAUUUCAUGUCUACAGCUGCUUGUAGGAUGUUGGAAAAAAAGUGAAACUUCAAAAUUGUGAAAAACAUGCUAAAUUUGAGGAGUUAAAAUCAAAGAAAAUAGCCUUUCUAAUCAGAUGGCUUUCAAACUGAUUAUUAAAAAAAAAAAAAAGAAAUUAACAAAAGCAUAAUGCGUUUCAGGUGGGA